AUGACGAACAUGAUCUUCCCCACGCACUGCGACGGGCUGGUCGCCCUCGCCACUGCUGGAGACCAGGUGUUCGUGUGCAACCCGGCCACACACGAGUUCGUCGCCCUUCCACAAGGGACCCCCGACGUCCGCGAAUGCCGGCCGGAGCCCGGCGCGGCGGCGCUCGGCUUCAACCCGUACACCAACCGGCACGUCGUCGCCACGUACUUUUACCGCCGCUACGAGGCCUGCAGCGCCGACGAUGGUACCCUGGACUACGACAUCGGCCACGAGUUGUUCACGCUCGGCGGCGGCGGCGGCGACGACGACGACUCCUGGUCAUGGGAGCUCACCGAAGACCCGCCGCUGCCAAUCAUCUCGACCCGUCCGGUUUGCAUAGAAGGAACCUUCUACUGGGCAUCCACCAACAACAGGCUGCUGAAAUUCAGUCUCCGUGACAACAAGUUCGCCGUGAUCCCGUUGCCGCCGGGCACCUCCUACCAUUACACACUAAACACCUUAACGAGCCUGGACGGGCACCUCUGCUACCUCCACACAGCAUCGGCGACGGUCUAUGACGUGUGGCAGCUUGCGGACGAUGGCGGCGACAUGACGUGGUCGCUGCCGUGCCGCAUCGAUACCUUCGAUGAGGGCCUCGGCUGCGAGGCCUUCUUGCCGGUGUGGGCUGGCGCGGGCAGGAUGCUGGUGGCCGUCGACUACGAGAAGCUCUACUGGUGCCGCGAGAAGAGCGGGCGAUUAGAGGAAGCGCUGGACCUGGAAGAGGACGUGGAUUUGGGGAGACAGGAUGGCGAAUUGUACCGCCACCACGCCGUUCCUUACGCUGAGAGUCUAAUUUCUAUCAGGAGUUGUACUUAA